GUAAUUUGAAAUCCUUGAGCCCCAUUCCUCCUCUUGCCUUUGUUUGUACCAUAACAUCCCAUUUGUUUUCAGUGGAUCCCCUUGUUUUCCUCUCCUCCCUUCCACUAGAAAUUUUUUACACAGCUAUUCAGCUUCUCGCAAAAAUUCUUUGGGAAAACUAUUACUAACAUGGCUUAAUUUGGGAUCGCUUGGAUGACUGCCUUAAUCAAGACCUCUCUACCCGUCUGUGAUAGACAUACACUUUUCCAGUCCUGCAUUUUUUUAAAAACUCUUUCUAAUAGAUAACCAAACACUUCGUUCUUUGAACUCCCCCAGGAGGUGGGCAAACCCAAGUACUUAGCAUUGUGGGGGAGACUUUGCAUUCCCAUUAGAUUGCAGAAAAAUUUCUUUUGUUCGUUAGUUGUGUUCAAUGAAAAGACAGUACCUGAUUUUUGCUGAUUGGUGCUCUGUCCUGAAGCUGUACAAUAGGUCUGUAAAGUCCUCAUAAGUUCGAUAACUCCCUGCUCCUUUGCCUUUACGAAGAACAAGGAAUCAUCAGCAAAAAAGAUAUGGGAAAUGAUGUCAACCCUUCUUUCUCGACAAGUUCUUCAGACAAAACUAAAAACGUAAGUUCUCUAUCAAAGGUCCGGUCGGCAAAUGGAGAGGAGACAAAAGGAAAAGCCAUUGAUGGAGUUGAGAAGAUCGGCGACGAUGAUGAAUUUGACCCAAGUGCACCUCCUCCUUUUAGAAUGGCCGAAAUUCGAGCCGCCAUUCCCGAUCAUUGCUGGGUCAAGGAUCCAUGGCUGUCCCUCAGUUAUGUAGUUAGGGAUGUUCUUGUAGUGUUUGGGUUGGUGGCAGUGGCGAUUUACUUCAACAGUUGGAUUGUUUGGCCAAUGUACUGGGUUGCCCAGGGGACAAUGUUCUGGGCACUGUUUGUUCUUGGUCAUGAUUGUGGCCAUGGAAGUUUUUCUGACAUCCCUAAGCUCAAUAGUUUUGUGGGAUAUUUGAUUCAUUCUUCAAUUCUUGUACCCUAUCAUGGUUGGAGAAUCAGUCAUAGAACUCACCAUCAGAACCACGGACACAUUGAAAAGGAUGAAUCAUGGGUGCCGAUGCCCGAGAAGCUAUACAAGACUCUUGAUGUUUCUACCAAAUUCCUAAGAUUCAAAGUUCCUUUUCCCAUGUUUGCAUACCCUAUAUAUUUGUGGAGUAGAAGUCCAGGAAAGCAAGGCUCCCACUUCAACCCUUACAGUGAAUUAUUCCUUCCCAGUGAAAGGAAGUAUAUUGUCACUUCAACAGUCUGCUGGACUAUGAUGAUUGCUCUGCUUGGCUACUUGUCCAAUACCAUAGGUCCACUCCAAAUGCUAAAGCUCUAUGGUAUUCCCUACUUGAUUUUUGUGAUGUGGUUGGAUUUGGUUACUUACUUGCAUCACCAUGGCCAUGAGCAGAAGCUUCCUUGGUACCGUGGCAAGGAAUGGAGCUAUCUAAGGGGAGGACUUACAACAGUGGAUCGGGAUUAUGGAUUGUUAAACAACGUCCACCAUGAUAUUGGCACCCAUGUUAUACAUCACCUCUUCCCUCAAAUCCCACACUAUCACUUAGUUGAAGCGACAAAGGCAGCUAAGCCAGUGUUUGGGAAAUAUUACCGAGAACCAAAGAAAUCUGGGCCUAUUCCACUUCACUUAAUUGGUUAUCUGGUGAGAAGCAUGCAGCAAGACCACUAUGUUAGUGAUACUGGAGACAUUGUGUUCUAUCAAACUGAUUCUCAACUUUAUGGACCUCCUCGAAGCAAGGAUGAGUGACUCUGCAAUGCAGUCAAAACCGGGGAACUUAUACAUUAAAAUUUUAAAGCACCUCAUGCUUUAAAACACGGUUUUAAUUAUAUUUUUUUCCCUCAAAAAGUUAGUGUUAAUCAUAUUGCCCAUGGUUGGUAAAUAAUUACCUCUAAAGAAAAGAAUGAGGGAUGCCUAACUAAGUUAUAGUCCCUCAUCUCUUGACCUGGUUUAAGCACUUCACUUGAUGAUCAUGCUGUGGUGAAUGUUGCUAGAUUUUGUAUGUUUGUGGUGAGGAUUUAGAAAUUAUCCUCAAGAAAUUUCAAUGUAAAUUAAUGUUUACAGUUGAAUUAGUAGUUACAUACAU